CCAGGGAGGUCAGACGACACGAGAGGUAAUAACAUCCCGUUGCCAAUGAGCGACGCGCUUCAAUUUUGGCGAUUUCGCGCACCGAACGCCCAGUUCUGCUCAGCGUGGACGCAACACAUUUGUUGCAAAUUCACUAAGCAAUCUCAAAUCUUUCGUUUGUAUAUUAUUUCAAAUAGAAUGGCAGUUGAGGAGACGACAGAGCCCCGUGAGUUGGUUACUACUGUGUCCCCUGACGCGCAUGAAGCCAUGGACUGGCUUUCCACUUGAGAGGAGGACACAUGGAGAACCCCGCGAAAUACCUCUCAGUGCACGAGAGCCACUCCGUCCCGUUACCUCUUGGGGAUAUUAUGUGGAACUCGACCGAAUCGGAGGCAAGAUCCAACCGUGGAAAGGAAUUGGUCAUCCGGACAGUGACGGGCUGUUUGCUCUCCCUGCUCAUCCUGUGGACACUACUGGGAAACAUUAUGGUGUGCUCCGCCGUACUCCGAAUUCGGCACUUGCGAAGUAAAGUGACCAACAUUUUCAUCGUUUCUUUGGCUGUGUCGGAUUUAUUCGUUGCAGUUCUGGUGAUGCCAUGGAAAGCUGUGGCCGAGGUGGCGGGGUAUUGGCCCUUUGGUACUUUUUGUAAUUACUGGGUGGCUUUUGAUAUCAUGUGCUCAACUGCGUCCAUCCUCAACCUCUGCAUUAUCAGCGUGGAUAGAUAUUGGGCCAUAUCAAGUCCGUUCCGGUACGAGAGAAAAAUGACCCAACGAGUUGCCUUCGUUAUGAUAAGCGUCACGUGGACGUUGUCUGUACUCAUUUCAUUCAUACCAGUCCAACUGAACUGGCACAAAUCCAGCGAAGACGAAACAGUUGGAGUCCAUAACGCCUCCUUGGGUGAAGUAGAAGAAAACUGUGACUCUAGCCUCAACAGAGAAUACGCCAUAUCUUCAUCUUUAAUAAGUUUCUACAUACCCGUAGCAAUUAUGAUUGUGACAUACACGAGAAUAUAUCGGAUUGCUCAGAUCCAAAUCAGGAGGAUAGCUUCCCUAGAGCGCGCGGCGGAGCACGCGACAAGUUGCAGGGCCAACAACAGACUCGAGUGCCAACACCACAAUACCUUGAAAACAUCUAUUAAAAGGGAAACCAAAGUUUUAAAAACGUUAUCGAUCAUUAUGGGCGUCUUUGUGUGUUGUUGGUUACCUUUCUUUAUUUUGAACUGCAUAGUUCCAUUUUGUGAUAAACCACCGACUGACAAAGACGCAGGUCUCCCUUGCGUGAGCGAGACAACUUUUGACGUUUUUGUUUGGUUCGGCUGGACUAAUUCAUCCAUGAAUCCUAUUAUUUACGCUUUUAACGCAGAGUUCAGAAAAGCAUUUGCCAGUCUGCUGGGUUGUCGUAAUUUCUGCUCCAGAACACCCGUUGAAACUGUAAACAUUAGCAACGAGCUGGUCUCUUACAACCAGGACACCCUUGUCCACAAAGAAAUCGUGAAUGCCUACGUCAAUAUGAUCCCCAACGUAGUGGAAUGCAUUGAGCACGAGGACACGUUUGACAGGAUAUCACAGUUAUCUCACAACAAUGAAAAUGCCACCGACUCUGUUUGUGACUUGGAAGACUGUGAGGCAGAUAUUAGCCUCGACAGGAUGACACCAUUCACCCCCAAUGGUUUACAUUGAAUACACCUCGACAGGAUGACACCAUUCACCUCCAAUGGUUUACAUUGAAUACACCUCGACAGGAUGACACCAUUCACCUCCAAUGGUUUACAUUGAAUACACCUCGACAGGAUGACACCAUUCACCUCCAAUGGUUUACAUUGAAUACACCUCGACAGGAUGACACCAUUCACCUCCAAUGGUUUACAUUGAAUACACCUCGACAGGAUGACACCAUUCACCUCCAAUGGUUUACAUUGAAUACACCUCGACAGGAUGACACCAUUCACCCCCAAUGGUUUACAUUGAAUACACCUCGACAGGAUGACACCAUUCACCUCCAAUGGUUUACAUUGAAUACACCUCGACAGGAUGACACCAUUCACCCCCAAUGGUUUACAUUGAAUACACCUCGACAGGAUGACACCAUUCACCCCCAAUGGUUUACAUUGAAUACACCUCGACAGGAUGACACCAUUCACCUCCAAUGGUUUACAUUGAAUACACCUCGACAGGAUGACACCAUUCACCCCCAAUGGUUUACAUUGAAUACACCUCGUCAGGAUGACACCAUUCACCUCCAAUGGUUUACAUUGAAUACACUUGUAACACCUCGUGCGUAAAAUGAUGUAUUGCUUCAAUCAGAUAUUUGAGAUGUUGUGUUGUUGUCCCAUGCUGAAAAGUGACGUAAAUUGGUGUCUUAUUACAUAAGAAAAGUCUAUGUUUAUUAAUUUAUACUAAGGUUAUGGCUUCUAAGUUCUAUGUAUUCGGAGCAGCAGGUGUAAUGCAACCAGUUUCUCUUAUUGACCAAGUGGGUUCUAUUUGCAGUGAGGUACCCAUUAUUGAGUUCAGAUAUUAUACUGCUUAUCAUUAUCACGCUCAAUGACAGUGUGCCGGACUUUUACAGACUAUGGAAAAGGAGCAAAGCCUUACAAGGCAGUGUAACCACGCACGUUCAUCACAUGCAGUUGUUUAAAACGCCUUAUUUAUUCUGGGAAAUAGUGCAAUAUAGUUUUGAAACAAGGGAAAUGUUACAGGAUUGUAAUAUGUUUAAUUUAAAUGAGGCCAAAAUAUUUAAAGUGCUCCUCUCUCUCUCUCUCUCUCUCUCUCUCUCUCUCUCUCUCUCUCUCUCUCUCUUUCUCUAUCUAUUCUGCUCUCUAUGUGUCCGUCUCUCUGUCGCACACAGACAUAACUGCACAGCAAAUUUGCCCACACACACAUUAGACAAAGGAUUCUCAAUCGAAUUAUGCACAUAGAGCAGGCUUGCUUGACUUUACCCAUAAUAAAUCCACACCGAUUCAAAUCGAAUUAGGAACUGUUGGAAACCUUAAUUUGACUGAUUAUGGUGAACACUUGCUAAGUACGAUAAGCUUAAUUAUUACUUAGUGGAUGUUCUAUUCUCUCUGUGAUAUUCUACCUCUCUAUUUGGUGAUACAAAUGGCCAAGAUGCACAAAUCCAACCGUCUCCAUGCGCCAAAGUAUGGCAUCCAUAUUAGGAAGUCCACCAGACAACAUACAUUAAGUUAAUUGACUUGAUGCAUCUCCCUCAUAACCAGUUAAUGAUACACUUUUAAGAUCACAUAUUAAUCUACAAAUUAAUCAACAAUUCAGAUGAUGUGCAAUGAGGUAAUACAGAAACUUGGUGUGAAACUCCACAGUGGGACCAUUGUCAGCUGGAUGUAGCCUACAUUUCACCUCAGCUAAUGUCCAUCUUUU